AGAUUGAUGCACCAAGUAGUAGAUUUCUUGAAAGUGACAUCAUCAUCUUUAUAAUACCAGUGAGUAGUGAAAGAGUUGUGGCCCUCUCACCUUAUUCUCUGGUUUUUUUUUGGAAUCUUUUGUGCUUUCUGGGUAGAAGGGUUGGACAAUCUGGGUGUCUGUUGACACCUCUAAAAGAGGCAACAGAGCUGCCAUUGUUGGUCAGAAAGAAACUAGAUUGAUACAGAUUCUGUUGGGUGGAAACAUUGAAAGAAAAUGGUUCAAACAUUAGAGGAAAUCAAGGGUGGUGGAGGGUCCAUAAGGGUGGGAACCACUGGUACAAUCAGUGCCCUGAUGUCAAGAGAAUUGGAUUCGAUAAAACCUGCUUCUCAGACACCAGAAACAAGUCGAAACAAGCCCCCUUCGGUCUGUGCUUUCGUCGUUGGUGAUGCUACAAGUCCUAAACGCCUCAAAUCAAGAACGGUGUCAUCAGAUGAAGCGAGCAGCAGUGCUAGAAAUGAUGAAACGGUUUGCAAGACGACGAAGAACUACCAUAGGAGAACUCAUCAAAUUCCUAUAUUAGAAGUCUCUUCUGUGGAUGGAACAACACCAGUAAGGCAGAAAGUGGAAAAAAAAGGGGCUUACAUGGUGGAAAUUGUGGACAUAAAAUGUGGGAGUGUUGAGAAGGCAUGGGGAAAUCCCAUCAAGAACAGAAUCAAGAAGCUUGGCUUCUCAAAGCUCUCAGACGAUGACAGCCCGGUCUAAGCUAAGCCCGUAACUCUUUAACAUCAGCCUUGAGGUUUUUGUAAGUGAAUCCAGAAACCGUGGCCCUUGGACGAUUAUUGCUCUCUACAACCUCCACCAUAGAACACAUGCUAGGCAAGAACUUCUUGCACCCUCUCUUCUUCUUUUUCGGGUUUGCAGCCAAAGAUCCAAUCUUUGGCUUCGAAAUGCCACUUGUAGAAUCCACAUCCGUAAAAUGACAGCAAGAGUUGUUGUGGGGGCCUAGUUCCAGUCUACUGAAAUACUCCAUUUCUCGCAACACGAGGGACCCAACCGUGCCUCUGCUGCCAAUCUCAACCAGCGCGAUCCGAGCAGACUUUGCAGCCAUUUUUUCUUGGGGAUAAUGUAUAAUGAAUGGUAUGGGCAUAUGGGCAUCAAAUUUAUACACCAAAGGGAGAAAGGGUCACUAUGGUUAGGCCUAAUAGGUAGUGUUGUUUUCACAUGAAUAUUUUAUGUAACAGAGUGGAAAGCAUGGGGGGCUAUUGCCUAUUGGCUCUUUCCUUUGAUGGAAGACUGGGUGGUGGUGUGGUCACUCUAUUCAUGUGUUUGCAGUUAAAAACAUUAAAGUUGAUUAGCUCCUGUACCAUCUUUCUAACUGCCUGGUGGAUUCAGAUUCUUAAAUUUUGGUUUGGUUUUUUAUUCAUGGACCACAUGCAUUGCUUGCUUUUUGGUACAAGUAAUAGAUGCAUUACCUUAUCUAGUAACA